AAUUAAAAAAUUUGUCAUCAAAUUUGAAAUCGCCGCCUGCCAAAAAUAGCCGAUCCAAGAAAAGGCGGAGGAGGAAAGGGAACAAAUGCACCCCGCGGGCCGCGGGGUGGCAGCUUCCGCCUGCGUUUACGAUGACGAAGCGGCACGACCGUCCCAACGACAAGACACCCUACGGUUUUUCGAAACUAAAAAUUCCCACCAAAAUCUUUUAAAAAACUCUUCACUGUUAACCUUGCAUAGUUGCACUUGGUCUUCGGAUCUUCUCUUGUUUUCUCUCUACUUUCGAGGAAACCGAGGUGCCUGGCGGAGGGAAUAAAAGUUAUGCGGAAUUAAGGAAGAAGGAGGAAGUGAUCAUGGGGACAAGAAAAGAGAGUGGAUUCAGCAGCAGCAGAUAUGAAUAUUCAUUCAAGAUUCUGCUGAUUGGAGAUUCAGGUGUCGGCAAGAGUAGCCUUCUUCUCAGCUUCAUCUCUCAUCCCUAUUUCUCUCACCAUCUCCCUCCCACCAUCGGUGUGGACUUCAAGAUCAGGCUGCUAAAUGUUGGUGACAAAAGAGUGAAGUUCACAAUUUGGGAUACAGCUGGGCAGGAGAGAUUUGGGACAUUAAUAAGCUCUUAUUACAGAGGGGCUCAUGGAAUCAUACUCGUGUAUGAUGUGACAAGGCCAGAGACGUUUGCCAACUUAACCAAAAUAUGGGCGAAGGAGAUAGAACGGUACUCCACGAAUCAGGAUUGUAUCAAGAUACUGGUUGCAAACAAAGUAGACAGGGAUGAUGAAAGGGUUGUAGCUACAUCGGAAGGAAUGGCAUUUGCGCGGGAGCACAAGUGUAUCUUUUAUGAAUGCAGUGCUAAAACUAGCUUAAAUGUGCAGCAGUGUUUUCAAGAGCUUAGUCUCAAGAUAUUGGAGGUACCAAGUCUGUUGGAGAAAGGAUCUGCAGUUGUGAAGAACCAUAUUUCGAAAGAGAAACAAGACUGCCAGGCACAGCAAUAUAAUAAGAGCAGCUGUUGUUCUUGAAUCUUGAUUGAUAUUUUUUGAAUUAAUGCAAUUGAUUGUGAAGAGGAAAAGGAAACAAUUGUAUUUAAAAUUUUGUGUACAUUUCAUUAUUAAGCUUAUGUUGUUUG